AUGUCUGUCGUGGGGAGUAGUACAACACAACAUGACCCAACUCAAGUCUAUUGUGAUGGACUCCAUGGAUACAUACGAUGUGAUAAUAGUGAUGAAUGUAUUCCGGACUAUAAAUACUGUGAUGGAUUCCAAGAUUGUACAGAUUUCAGCGAUGAAACUAACUGCAUAGUUGAAUGUGACAGUGACAUAAAAUUACUACCCUUGUAUCUUGAAUGUAAUGGAGUUACUGACUGUUUGAAUGGUUCUGAUGAGUCAGAUUGUCCUCAGCAUAUUUCAUUGGUAUUUCUCAAUGCAACAUCUGCUGCUGUCCAGUUGGUAGAACACGAGUUUGGUUCUUUCUAUCAUCUCACAUUGAGUGAUAUUCUACAUAAUGUGACUACCAAUCAAACAACUACAGAGACAUAUUUUUAUUUUCAUCUCAUACCUGGAACACUUUACUUGUUAUCUGCAGUGUCAACAGUAAAUGGGAGUUACACAUACACUCUUCAGUUCAAGACACCUCAUCUACCAAGUUUUGGGUGUCUUCCUGGCUGGUUUUAUUCCAAUAUCACUGGAUCAUGUUAUCAUAGAACAGAAUGUUUCUUGAUUUGGGACCAUGCACAGAACUACUGUGAAAGUAAUAAUUCCCAUUUAGUGAUCAUAGAUAGUAUGGCUGUACAAGAAGAACUUGGCAUGAAUUACCUGUUUUACAUUGGAUUAAGAAACUAUGGGGAUGGUUUUGUAAAGUGGGCUAAUGAUGUUGCGGUUGAUUACACUAAUUGGCAAUCCGGUUAUCCAAAUAUGAGUGACACCAAUGCAGAUUGUGUAUACGCAUAUUCUAAAUGGUAUAAUGGAGCCUGUAAUCUGAAUUUACAAAGUAUUUGUGAAUACAAAGCCACUAACUGUCUUAUCCAUGACUGCCCUGAAGACUUGUUCUGCGUUGAUCUCAAUCAAAAUGGUUAUACAUGUAUGCCUUUGAACAUUGCUAUUAAUGCGGUUGAUGACAAUGCAUCAGGCUGUCCAAGGUACUGUGAGGUUGAUGAGUUUUUCUGUCAUUCUGGAGAAUGCCUUUCGUUCUCUUAUUACUGUGAUGGUAAUGUAGACUGUAAUGAUGCCUCAGAUGAAGAAAACUGUGUUAAAAAUCCCUGCAGUGACAAUCCUUGUCAGAAUGGUGGUACCUGUAUUUCAUUUUCUUGUGAACUGCAUGCAUAUAUGUGUGUAUGCAUUGGUUGUUACACUGGAUCGUUUUGUGAAACAUGUGAUCCAUAUGAAUUAUUUGAGCCACCAGAACUUGCUCUUUUCGUUCCUGGUUCUCUGACAGAAUAUGAUGCAGUUGAACUUGUCAGUGUGACUGAAGAUAGUUGUUUGAAAGCUUGCAUUGAUGAAAUUGACUUUUUUUGUCGUUCUGUCAACUACUUCACAAACUCGGCUCAGUGUAUUUAUUAUUCAUCCUCCACUAGCGAUUCUGGAACCAAUCUCACUGACAGCUAUAUUUGUAAUUAUUAUGAUCGCAUAACAGUCAUUCCCAAUGCACCUGUAAUUAGUGGAUGCCCAAAUAAUAUGCUAGAGUUCACAGAACUGGGCAAGUCUUAUGCAAGAGUUACUUGGACGCCUCCUAUCGCUUACUUUGGUUUGGAUAGAAUACCAAUAAGGUCAUUAUACAGUUCUGGUGACCAGUUUCCAAUUGAUUAUGAGAAACCAGUUUUUAGUAAUUGCCCAUCAGACUUGUUCUAUGGCACUGUUGUGGAGAAUGGUAGAUAUGCUGAGUGGAUAGUGCCUACUGCAACAGAUAACUCUGGUAAUAAUAUAUCUGUAGUGGAAUCGCAUAAACAGGUACCAGUAUUGCUACCUGUGGGUAAUACUGAUGUUACUUACACUGCUGUGGAUCCAAGUCUAAAUACACAACUUUGUGAAUUUACAGUCACCAUUUAUCAGCUAGAAGAUAUACCUAUGGAUGAAAAGCUGAUAAUCAACAUGCUUAUACUCAAUGAUGACUAUUCACCAGAACUGGAAGAUCCAAAUUCAACCAGAUUUAUUGCACUAAUGUUAAGAGUUGAAUCUGGAUUAAACAGUUUAUUUGCUGCAUCUAAAAUUGAGAAUUAUAAAACAAGUGCAGUAACAGAUUUUGGGCCUAGUAACAGUAUAGCUACAAAUGUUACAAUUGUUUAUUCUGAACCACCUGAAGAAAGAGAGAGAUUGGACACAUUAAAUAUAUUGUAUUCUACUGUAAGAACUCAAGCCAUUGACGGAAUAGUUUAUGAUCGUGAUAUCUAUGUAAACGAGGAAGACGGGUCUACACCAAUGGUGACAUGGUGUUAUGUUAAACCAUGUCUUGAAGGCAUGAAUUGUAAACUAUUGGAUGAUAGAUGCAUUGCAACAUGCUCUAACAAUCAAGACUACUGCCUAAAUGAUGGAAUUUGUUACUAUCAUUCAGAAACUCAGCUGGUUAAAUGCAAUUGUCCAAGUGAUACAUAUUACGGUAUAAGAUGUCAGGUUGAAGAUCUUGUCUCCGAUGCCCAGAUGGUGGCAAUCCUUGCAAGUAUAGUGUGGUUGGGAAUUUUUAUUUUUAGUGGAUUCAUAUUGUGUGUGGUGAAUUCCAAAAAAUGUUGUACUAAAAAAAUCAGCAGAACUGAAAAACUACCUGAUGAGUUUUUUGACUCUGAUUCAAAUGCAACUCUGGAAUUUAAUGGUGUUGAUGUGAAUGUAUCAAAUAUAGAGUUGCAGGAUGGUAACCAUAACAAUGACCCUGAAAAUCAUGGAUUUUGUUUGCGACAAGACAGUUCGUAUGGCAAUGCUGAAUUUGAAAAUACUAACAUGUAA